UGAGGAGACUCAGCGUUACUAUGGUACAGUCGGGCGACACGCAUGUUUUUUUUUGUAGCCUAUUUGGGUUUUUUUUAGAGUAGGCUAUUGAAGGGAGAUUUGGAUUAAUGCUUUGUAUAUCACAAAAAGAACGUGCUUAGAGUUUGAUAAACAUGUCGAACACGUAUGGCAGGAAAGCUGUGCUCUCCCUCGCGGGAGCGACCGUCACCUGUCUUGCGCUACUGUUAUUUCUGUGGCAGCAUCAGCGGAUUCAUACGGACGGGAUGCAGAACGAGAGUGAGGUCGGCUUGCGCUCGCUCCAGAGUCUGGGGGAAUCGGAGGCUGAUGACGGAGCUCAGCCUGAGCAGAAUGGAAAGAAAGGAUUCUCUGCCUAUUUUUCAAAGCUGACCCGCAGCAGGAGGGAGGCGGAUAAGCCCAGCGAGGCGUCCGGAGCGACGACAGACGCGCCGCCUGCUGAGGACAUAAGCGCGGAUGACAUCUUCAUCGCAGUGAAGACCACUAAGAAGUUUCACCGGUCCAGACUGGAUCUACUGCUGGACACCUGGAUAUCCAGAAACAUGCAGCAGACAUACAUCUUCACGGAUGGCGAAGAUGAGGAACUGAAGAAGAAAAUCGGAAGCCAUGCUAUCAACACCAACUGCUCUGCUGCCCACAGCCGCCAGGCUCUGUCCUGCAAGAUGGCAGUUGAGUACGACAAGUUCAUUGAGGCUGGAAAAAAGUGGUUCUGUCAUGUGGAUGAUGACAACUAUGUGAACAUGAAGACACUGGUGAAGUUGCUGUCCAACUACCCUCACACUCAGGACAUGUACAUUGGCAAACCCAGCCUGGACAGGCCGAUUGAGGCCACAGAAAGACUUGGGGACAACAAGAUGAGACCUGUCAAUUUCUGGUUUUUUUUUGUAUUUGAAGGUUUUUUUUUCAGCCGUGGGCUAGCUUUGAAGAUGAGCCCUUGGGCAAGUGGUGGCCAUUUCAUGAACACUGCCGAGAAGAUCCGUCUUCCUGAUGACUGUACCAUCGGCUACAUCAUCGAGUCAGUUCUUGGGGUCCCUUUGACCCGAAGCAGCUUGUUCCACUCUCACUUGGAGAACCUGCAACUGGUGUCCAAAUCAGAAGUACACAAACAGAUUACAUUGAGUUACGGAAUGUUUGAAAACAAGAGGAAUAUCAUCAACAUGAAAGGGGCUUUAUCUGUUGAGGAGGACCCAUCCAGGUUUAAGUCAGUGCACUGUCUGCUGUACCCAGACACUCCGUGGUGCCCUCCUCAGGUUACCUAUUAGGGUGACCGGCUCCUCUGUUGUAUCCUCGUCCCUCAUUGCCUCGGUAUCUGAAAGGCAUGAGGGACCAGUGUGGUAUUGGGCCGUGUGGCUGCUGCAUUUACUCUGCAGUGGGCACACGGCUUUCUGUGGUUAUACAGGGCUGCUGUGCGGCCCGCCUUUAAACAGUUCCUUCCUGCCUGGUGCCUGAGCUUCGUGUUCAACUCAGACAUUACGAAGGGCCUGGCUGUCAGAAGGAUGCUUUCAGCUCCAAGCUUUGCAGGCAAUCAAUUGUGCUUUAUGUGAUUACUGUUGCUUGUAUCUCAUUUGCAAUUCUCAUAGAAUGUAACUGUCUAGCAUACCCAAGCCUUUUGCCAGCUUUAUAUGCUUAGUUUUAAAUUCUAAUCAGCAAAUUAGUGCAUACUUUAUAUUUUAUUCUCUCCAAAUGCCGUUCAGGAUGUUCUUUCCCUCAGGUUUGAUUUAGUGAUUGAAUUCUUUCAAAUAUUCGAAGGAAAUAAGUACAGUGGGUGCUUUAUUAUCUAGUUCUAAAGGACUCCGGACAAAAUUAAUGACAUGAAGGUCCAUUUUUUUGCGAACUGAUUUCUUUGAUGUCAGUGUUAUUAUAAUUAUUAUUGCUAUUAUGACAUUUUGUGCUGGCAAUAG